AACACACAUUGGUAGACACUUCAACUACGUGACCAAUAACAACAUCAAUUUUAAGCUUUCAUAAAAUCAUCAAUAUAAUGGCAAACUUCAUCACAAUGUAUCACAAUCCUCCCAUUGAUCAUUUUCGUGCCGUAAAGUUAUCAAUUCAGGACCGUGUCGAAGUUCAACCUGAAUUUGUAGAAAAAUACAAAGAUGAUCUCCAAGACCCAUGGAAUAUUAUGAAUAUGGAUGGUGGAAUGCACCAAAUCAAAUUCAAAAUGAGCAUGUAUAAUCCUACUUUGAAGGAUGGAUGGGAUCCACUCCAACAAUAUCAUCAUUUUCCAGACAAUGUUGACAUUAUUUUUGGAUACUAUGGAAAUAAUCUUUUUAAAGUUAUAAUGUUCAGGGAAGUUUUUUGCGCUACUAAAAUACCUUCUUUUCAUAGUCGUAGCAUGUAUCCAGAGGAAGUCAUUAUAUUUGAUAUACACAUUUCUGAUAAUGAUUUCAACACUCCAAUCAAGAUGUUGCCCGAUCAUUUUGGGACCUUUCUUCAGAACGACUUUCGCAGUCUUCUAACUUUGUGCUGUGAUGAUGGAACAAUUUACUUUGUAGACAUUAUUCACUACGGUGAUUACGUCGACGAUCCUAAUAGUGGAAUUCAAUGGAAUGAUUUCAUACUUAGCAAUUACAUUGUUGCAGGACAGAAACUUCGAUUUAAAUUCGAUCUUACUACUACCUAUAUGUGUCAUGUAUUUCCUAUUGAUGUUUAGUUUUAGCAGGAUGUAACAUAAAUAAUUGACUCCUAUGUUCAUAUUAUUAUAUAUAUCCUAUAAUUACCAUGUUUUCAUACCCGAAGCCUCUACCCAAUGAA